AUGAAUGAUGAUCUAUGUUUAAAAUUUAGUGUUUUGAGGAAUUAUAUACCCGACAAAUUAACCGAUACUGCAAAACUUAAGUUUGAUGAUAAUUCGGAUUUUAUGCAAUACUGCCCUGAGAAUGAUUCAAAAAAAAAUGAAUGCAAUAAUAAUCUCGAUAUAAUUACGGCUGGAUUUUUAUGGUUACUUGAACACUGCUAUUCUAUAUCCAAUGAUAGAAGCUAUAAUGAAAAUAAUACUAAUCCAUCUUUUUUUCUAUAUAUGAAUUCAUGGUUAAGUUACAAAUUAAAGCAAAUCAUAGACAAAAAUUUCACCAAAAUAAACGAUUUUUAUAAUGAACAUGUAAAAAAUAGUGAUAAAUAUAAUAGAUUUAUAACUGAUGCCUAUAGAAUUUCAGAUCUUGAGGAAUUCAUAGAUAAACAAAAUGAUUUUCUGAAUAUUAAUAUUGAAGAUAUGUCUAAAUUUUAUGAUGCAUUUAAAUUAUUAUGUAAUAUGCAUGAUAAAGUUGCAAGGAAUCAAACAGGCGAUAUACUGUUAAAUAAUGCUACUAGUUUUGUUGAGAAAUAUACAGAACUAAACAAUAGAUAUAAUAAUGGUGCUCCACAUAAUAAAAUAUUUUAUGUUUUAUCAGAUGAUUAUAAUAAUUUAAAAAAUACAUGUAAAGAAGCUAAAGAUAGCAAUUUUCCACCCCUUCCAGAGAUAAAAACACAGCAAAUUACUAUAAAAAAUCCUGAACAAAACUCUGCACAAACAUCUGAAGUUACAUCAUCAAAUUCGUCGAUAGGAAACAAAUUAUUUACAGUUUUAUCGAUAUUUGGUGCAAUAGCAUUUUUUUUAGGAAUUUCUUAUAAGUAUUCAUUAUUUGGAUUUCGGAAACAAACUCAAAAACAAUGUUUAAGAGAAAAAAUAAAAAAUAUACAGAAGAGAAUGAAUUAUUAA